AUGCCUCAUUCGGCGCCACCUUUUCGGUCACUGACGAGCGACGACUCUGUAGGUCGUCACGCUCUCAUCAGCCGGAACAUAGAUCUGAUUCGCACGGCGUCGCUGGGUCUAAUGAACAUCUCUGAUGAUUUGUUGAGCCAGCCUGCAGCUACACCCAGCAUUGUUUGUUGUUUAGAACAAAUGCAAGCUCUCUAUGAGAUAAUAAGUGGCGCCACCGAAGAGCUUAGAUUCGGAGGAAUAAAGGAACAACCCGACCGGAGGGAGAAACUUGCCAGAGAUAGUGCGUAA